CUUCCCCUCAGGAUCAUGGGAGGCCACCUGGACUUUCUGUUCGGGGUGAUGCUUGCAGCCGGCCCUGUGCUUGGGAUUCCUUCCUGUGCCUCUGAUGGUCCGAGGGCCUUGUAUCGCUCCUGCAACCUCACCCAGGUGCCGGUCCCCAGCACCACCCAGACCCUCCUGCUGAGCUUCAACUAUAUCCAGACUGUCACAACCACAUCCUUCCCCUUCCUGGAGCGGCUACAGCCUGAGCUUGGGACUCAGUUUAUCCCUUUCACCAUUGGCAGAAAACCCUUCAGAAACCUGCCCAACCUGAGGGUCUUGGACCUGGGCAAGAGUCAGGUGGAUUUUCUGCAUCGCGAUGCUUUUCAGGGGCUGCCCCACCUGCUUGAACUUAGACUCUUCCACUGUGGUCUGCCCGAUAAUAUAUUAAAAGAUGGUUAUUUCAGAAACUUAGAGUCUUUGUCUCACCUGGACCUGUCCAAGAAUCAGAUUCAUAGCCUUACCCUUCAUCCUUCAUUCUGGGAAUUGAAUUCCCUGAAGUCCAUUGAUUUUUCCCUCAACCAGAUCCCCAUCGUGUGUGAACAUGAGCUCCAGCCGCUGCAAGGGAAAAAUCUCUCCCUGUUAAACCUCGCUGCCAAUCACCUGUACAGCAGGGUCUCCGUGGACUGGGGCACGUGCAUGAACCCGUUCACAAACAUGGUCCUCGAAACCCUGAACGUUUCUGACAACGGCUGGACCGUGGACGACGGGAGCCAGAUCUCUCUGGUUCUGGCCCACCACAUUAUGGGGUCCAGGUUUGGCUUCCAGAACAUCAGGGACCCCGACCGGGACACAUUUGCUGACCUGGCCGGGAGUGCGGCGCUGCAGCUGGAUCUGUCCCAUGGCUUCAUCUUCUCCCUGAACUUUGACUUUGAGGCCCUCAAGGACUUGAAGCUCCUGAACCUGGCCCAAAACAAGAUAAACAGGAUUGCAAGAGAAGCAUUUUAUGGCCUCGACAGGCUCCAGGUUCUCAACAUGUCAUAUAACCUCCUGGGGGAGCUUUAUAAUUCUGAUUUCUAUGGACUCCCUCAGGUAGCCUAUAUUGAUCUUCAAAACAAUCACAUUGGGAUCAUUCAGGACCAGACCUUCAGAUUCCUGAAAACAUUACAUACCUUGGAUCUCCGGGAAAAUGCUCUUAAAACAAUUCCUUUUCUGCCAAGCCUAGACACUAUCUUCUUGGGUAGCAAUAAACUGGCAGCCUUGCCGAACAUGAGACUUAAAGCCAAGUUCAUCCACUUGUCAGAGAACAGGCUGGAAGAUGUGGAUGAUCUCUAUUUCCGCCUCUGCGUCCCUGACCCCCAGGUCCUCAUUCUGAAUCAAAACCGCUUUUCCUCUUGCAGCCGAGCUCACGGCCCAACACGGAGCCUCAGCUUAGAAAAGCUUUUCCUUGGAGGAAACACGUUGCAGCUUGCCUGGGAAACCGGCUUCUGCUGGGAUGUGUUCAAGGGGCUCUCACGGCUCCAAAUCCUGUAUCUGAACAACGACUACUUGGCCUUCCUCCUGCCCGGGGCACUUAGUCACCUGACUGCGCUGAGGGGCCUCGACCUCAACUCCAACAGGCUGAUUCAGGCUCUUGCUCCUGGCGAUUUGCCUGCUAACCUGGAGGUGCCAGACAUGUCCAGAAACCAGCUCCUGUCCCUGGACCCCAACUUGCUGGCGUCCCUCAGAGCCGUGGACAUAAUGCACAACAAGUUCAUCUGUGAGUGUGACCUCCAUCCUCUCAUUACUUGGCUCAACCAGACCAACGUCACUGUAUUUGGGUCUCGUGCAGAUACCUACUGCACGUACCCCAACACGCUCGCAGGGAUGCCCCUCUCCUCUGUUUCCAUGGAGGGCUGUGAUGAAGAGGAGGUCUCGAAGGCCCUAAAGUUGUCCCUUUUCGUCUCCUGCACGGUCACUCUGACUCUGUUCCUCGUGACCAUCCUCGUGGUCACCAAGCUCCGGGGGCUUUGUUUCAUGUGUUACAGGGCUGCCCAGAGACUGCUGCCCACGGUCCACGCCGAGCGCUGUGAGUCCGACACGUACAAAUACGAGGCCUACCUCUGCUUCAGCGGCAGAGACUUUGAGUGGGUGCAGAGGGCUCUGCUCAGACACCUGGAUGCCAGAUUCAACCUGUGCUUUGAAGAAAGAGACUUUGUCCCGGAGCAGGAGCAUGUCGCCAACAUCAAGGAUGCCGUGUGGGGCAGCAGGAAGGUGGUCUGCCUCGUGAGCAGACACUUCCUCCAAGACGGGUGGUGCCUGGAAGCCUUCACUUACUCCCAGAGCAGGUGUGUGUCUGACCUGGACAGCGCCCUCAUCCUGGUGAUCGUCGGGUCCCUGUCCCAGUACCAGCUAAUGAAGCAUCAGUGCAUCAGAGGGUUCGUGCGGAAACGGCAGUACUUGAGGUGGCCCGAGGAUCUCCAGGACGUUGGCUGGUUCCUUUACCCACUCAGCACAUUCUGAAGAGAGAUGAAGGAUGCCAACACGGACGGUAGCAUCCAGCUGCAAACUGUGGCAACCGUCUCCUAG